AUGAACUCUAGCGUUCCACCGUGGCGUGCAACAGCUUCAGCGCCUGUUUCAACGCCUUCUGCGUUUUCAUCUGCGACUCCUGCCUAUAUCCCAGUACACGCCCGUCGUAGCCUCGCCCCUAAUCAAGCCAACCCCCCAGCACCAUACGCAUCGCAACCGACGAUGUCCACUCCCGCAGAAGCAGAAACCCGAAAACGAGUGGAAUUCCCACCGGCCGUGCGCACAUACGUCCAACGGUGUUUUGCCCCGGAGAACAAUAUUCCCAGUGUGACCACGGCUGAAAUGCAGGAGAAGUUGAGAGCCACCAUCACCACUGCUGCCGAGAACCAGAAACUGGGUCUUAUCGACUGGGAGCGGCUGGCUCUACCCCAGGUCAUGAUCCAAAACGAACGCAACAAGAUUUUGGCCAACCCUAGUGUUUCAAGCUGGGCCAUGUCCUCCCAAUCAACUUCCCCUGGGGAUUCCUCACGGAAGAGAAAGUCAACAGAUCUUCACCAGUCGGAAACCGGCUCGCCACCGUGGAGAAAAGCUAACCAUCGCAAUCGUUUUGAAGACCGAGUCACUUACCCCCCUACAGAAAAGAAGCCACGCAUCACCCUGGAUGACUCUAGUAAGUCAAGAGCUAAUUUGGAGAUGAGGCGGAAGCGGUUUGAGGGAGUUGGAGGCAGUCAUGGAGGCUCUCUCUCUUCCUCCCCCACCGAUUCUCCGGCCCCUACUACCGAGGUCGAUCAGGGACCCGUCAUCGGACGGUGCCAAGCCCUGGAGAAGAACUAUUUCCGCUUGACCUCGGCUCCGAACCCAGACACUGUCCGUCCCCUGGCGGUGUUGCGGAAGACGCUGGAUCUGCUGAAGAAGAAGUGGAAAAAGGAUGGCAACUACGGCUACAUCUGUGAUCAGUUCAAGUCGCUGCGGCAGGACCUGACGGUCCAGCAUAUCCGGAAUGAUUUCACGGUCAUCGUCUACGAGAUCCACGCGCGCAUCGCCUUGGAAAAGGGGGACCUUGGUGAGUAUAAUCAGUGCCAGACUCAGCUCCGGGUGCUCUACGCGCAACAGCUGGGCGGACACCCGACGGAAUUCAAGGCGUAUCGUAUUCUCUAUUUCAUUUACACUCGCAACUGGACGGCCAUGAACGAUGCGCUAGCCGACGUCACAGCCGAAGAUAAGAAGGACCCCGCGGUCAAGCAUGCACUGGAUGUUCGUUCUGCACUUGCCCUUGGAAACUACCAUCGUUUCUUCCAGCUUUACCUUGAUACACCGAACAUGGGGGCCUAUCUCAUGGACAUGUUUGUCGACCGCGAACGCCUGUCUGCCCUCGCCGCAAUUUGUAAAUCGUACAAACCCGAUGUUAACAUCCGGUUCAUCACGGAAGAGCUUGGGUUCGAGUCCGACGAGCAGACUGCACGGUUCAUCCUGGAUCACUCGACCGAGAAGAUGCUAGAGGAGAAGAAUGGGUCUGUGAGGCUGCUGGCCCCCAAAGCGUUCACAUUCUUUGAACAGGCCAAGGCCGAGGCGAACCGCAUCGUCGACAUCAAGGGCCAAAUCUAG